AGGAUUAGCUUAGCAGUGAACAAAAAUCAUUCAAUCAGCUCAAGAGCUGGGAGUUCUCCUUCUAGGUUUCGGAAUAGAAGGAAGGAGGCUCUGAGGAGACUGGUUCGAAAGGACCAGGUCGGGAUAGGCUGGGAGUCGAUUAGCCCGAGUUGUGAAGACAGAAGAGCUGGUAGGACGGACUGUUUGAUCCCAGGAGAUGGUAUGGAAUGCUCAUAUAGAACCCUGUCCAAUAGAACUCAAACCGCUGGGAAUGCAACGGGAUGGAUGUCAACUGGAGAUCAGGAGUUAGCUCGCUUGGACGGAGAGCACGAGAAAGAAGGGGCAGUCAAACUGAACUCCACUCGUUUAGAAGAAGCCUCACCAGUCAGGGGGAUAAGGCAAAUUUCUUCACAGCAUGAAGAAAAGAGAGGGAUUCAAAAAGGGCUGGCUCCU